GCGCGGGCCGCGGAAGGUGUAGUCACGUGUGCUGUGGGGCGAACUCGCAGGCAGGAGGAGGAGGAGGAGGGGGGUGUGUUUGGGACCAGUACACGGAGCUGGGAAAUGCCAAGGGUUUACAUAGGGAGGCUGAGCUACCAGGCUAGGGAGAGGGAUGUCGAGAGGUUCUUCAAGGGAUAUGGGAAGAUACUCGAGGUCGACCUCAAGAACGGGUACGGGUUUGUGGAGUUUGACGACCCCCGCGACGCGGACGACGCGGUGUACGAGCUCAAUGGCAAAGACCUGUGCGGCGAGCGGGUCAUAGUGGAGCACGCGAGGGGCCCGCGCCGCGACGGCAGCUACAGCUCGGGACGGAGUGGAUAUGUGUAUAGGCGCAGUGGGAGAGAUAAGUAUGGACCUCCGACUCGCACAGAGUACCGCUUGAUAGUGGAGAAUCUGUCCAGUCGCUGCAGCUGGCAGGAUUUAAAGGAUUACAUGCGCCAGGCUGGGGAGGUGACCUAUGCCGACGCCCACAAGGGAAGAAAGAACGAGGGAGUGAUCGAGUUCAAGUCCUACUCCGACAUGCGGCGGGCCCUGGAGAAGCUGGACGGCACCGAGGUGAACGGGAGGAAGAUCCGGCUGAUUGAGGACCGGCCCGGGUCCCGGCGGCGCCGCUCCUACUCCCGGGGCCGCAGCCGUUCCAGCAGGUCUCGCUCCAGAAGCAGGCGUUCCCGCAAGAGCCGGAGCCGCAGUGGGAGCAGCAAGAGCAGCCGGUCGCGCUCCAGGUCCGCCUCCCGUUCCAGGAGCAGGAGCAAGAGCCGCAGCAAGAAGAAGGGGAAGAGCCGGAGCCGGAGCCGGAGCCGGAGUCGGAGCCGGAGCAAGGGGGAGGACAAGGAGGGCAGGGAGCACAACGACAAGGGGCGGAAGAGCCGGAGCAAGGAGAAGAGCGUGAGCAAGGCCAGGGGGCGGAGCCCGGAGCGGAGCCGCAGCAGGAGCCGAACGCGGGGUAAGAACCGGAAGGAGAGCCGGAGCCGGAGCAGAAGCAGGAGUCGGAGUCGCAGCCAGAGGAGCAGGAAGAGAGGCAAGCAGGACAGCAAGAAGAGCAAGAAAGACGACUCCUGCUCCAGGUCGAGGUCCAGGUCGGCGUCCAAGGAGAACAAGGAGCACUCCAGGAAAUCUGUCUCCAAAAACCCGGAGCCCAAGAGCGACGGGGAAGAAGACGCCCGCGCGGAUCGCAGAUCUGGGUCUCAAUCCCGCUCUCGAUCUGCCUCGAAGCCCAAGAUCAAAUCCCGCUCGGCUUCGGCCUCCCCCUCCAAGGCCAGGUCUCGCUCGCGAUCCGGGUCCAGGUCCGCCUCCCGCUCCCGGUCACGAUCUCGCUCCCGGUCCUGAUUUGCUCCUGUUUUUUUCUGAUCUUGGAGUGCGUUUAUACUCUGCUGUUGGGUCUUUAAAGUUUGCUUGCUGUUUGUUCUAAAUUUCCAUGCAUUCACCCCUGCUGCAUUUCUCUUUUAAAGCUUUCUUUUAUGAAUAGUGUUGUCUCCGUAGCGUAGUGCCGAGAUGUUCGUAAAGCUGGGUUUGUCACGUGGAUUGAUCACCCUGAAGAUCAGAAGGCGUUGGCAAGAGAGUUUCCUUUCAAAUAAAAAGGCCUUUCAUCUAGUAACCCUGGGUAUUUUUCAAGUUGUAAUUUUAGAUGUCCCUUCUUCCCAAGAGCGCGGUGUUGAGAUUUUUAUUUCCAUUACCUUUCUGCCACUGGUACUGAAGUUCCCCUUUUCACUUUUAAAAUAAAAUUUGUAUUUUUGCCGGA